AGCUACAAAAUGACAGGGUGACGAUGCACAGCUGGGCGGAGGCCUGCGUGUGUGUGCGCGCUUUUUCCAGCUGCCAGCAGGGACGUCAGUAUCAGAGGAGGGCCUUUCGCCCGCUUGAGAAACCCAGCAGAGUCCCACACGCUUCUUUGGCCUUGGCUCUCUUUCUCCCUGUGGAUCUGUGUUGCUGCACACUGAGAGAGGCAACCCGUGAGUUGUGGGUGCAAGCCCUUUCCUGUCACAGAGAAGGCACAGAGACGAGGAGCCUUGCACAAGCAGGGCUGGGGUGUCACUGAAGUGCAGAAUUGCAGACGGGGUGGGGGAAGCAGCUGAUUAGCUCCGCUCACUUCAACAUCUGGGCACACAUCUGCUCUCCCAGCCUCAGAAGAGGCUUCCUGUUGGUUUCCCGGCACCCUUCUCAACAAUGGAAGUCAGCAGCAGUUCCUUGCCCUGCAAUGGUUUGCAAGAUGACCAGGACCUUGCGUUCCUCCUGAGGGGGAGCCAUCUGCUGAAAGUCAAGUCCAACUCUUGGAAAAGAGAGAGGUUUUACAAGCUCCAGGAAGACUGCAAGACCAUAUGGCAGGAGUCCAGGAAGAUGUUGAGAUCACCCGAAUCGCAGCUCUUUUCCAUCGAGGAUAUCCAGGAUGUGAGGGCAGGUCAUAAGACAGAAGGAAUGGAAAAAUACGCCAAGGAUGUACCUGAAUGUCGCUGCUUUUCUAUCAUAUUCAAAGACCAGAGGAAGAAUCUGGACUUCAUCACUAGCUCUGAAGUCGAUGCCAAUCACUGGGUUGGAGGCCUGGGGAAGAUCAUUGCAAACAGCAAUUCUAUGAGCCAGAGGCAGAAGUUACAACACUGGAUCCAUGCCUGCUUGCGGAAGGCAGAUAAGAACAAAGACAACAAGAUGACUUUUAAAGAGCUCAAGAACUUCCUGAAAGAAGUCAACAUCCAAGUUGAUGACAGCUAUGCGAGGCAGAUCUUUGAGCAAUGCGACAAAUCCCGAACAGACACCUUAGAAGACGACGAGAUCGAGGACUUCUAUAAGAUACUAACUGAGCGGAGAGAGAUUGACCAGAUCUUCUCUAAACACUGCAAUGGGGAAGCGACCAUGUCGCUGGACAAUCUGGCGAGGUUCCUCCAAAAUGAACAACAUGAGGAGGGGGGUGGGCCUGAAUUGGCCCUCUCUCUGAUUGAGAGAUAUGAACCCAACGAGACUGUCAAAAGGCAAAAGGCCAUGACCAAAGAUGGCUUCCAGAUGUAUUUGCUGUCUGCCAGUGGGAACAUCUUUAAUCAGAGCCACAGCUGUGUGUACCAGGACAUGACGCAGCCGCUCAGUCACUAUUACAUAUCGUCUUCGCACAACACCUACCUCAUGGAGGACCAGCUGACGGGGCCCAGCAGUACAGAGGCCUACAUCAGAGCCCUGACCAAAGGCUGCCGAUGCGUCGAACUGGAUUGCUGGGAUGGUCCUAAUUCAGAGCCGGUCAUUUACCACGGCUACACGCUCACCUCCAAGAUCCUUUUCUGCGAUGCUAUAAAAGCCAUCAAGAACUAUGCUUUCAAAACCUCUCCUUAUCCUGUCAUCAUAUCCCUGGAAAACCACUGUAGCCUUGAGCAGCAGAAAAUGAUGGCGCACCACAUGCACACCAUCUUGGAAGACAUGCUGUUGGUGGCACCUGUUGAUUCAAAGAUGUGCGAGUUCCCUUCACCAGAGCAAUUAAAGGGGAAGAUUCUUGUGAAAGGGAAGAAGCUGAGCCCAGAAACAGAAGAAGUCUCUGAUGAGGAUGAAGCGGCUGAAAUGGAAGAUGAAACUGUGAAGAAUGAGGUGGAAAAGAAAAGGGAGAGUGAAAAACUGAAGCUUGCCAAGGAGCUGUCUGACACCGUCGUCUACUGCAAAAGUGUCCACUUCCAAGGUUUCAAUGAUGCAAAUCCCCCAGAUUACAAUGAGAUGUCAUCCUUUGGUGAAAGCAAAGCUUUCAAGCUGGCUCAGGAAUCUGGGACCGACUUUAUCCGUCACAACGUCCAGCAUCUGAGCAGGAUCUACCCAGCAGGAUGGAGGACGGAUUCAUCUAACUAUAACCCCAUUGACAUGUGGAACGUGGGUUGCCAGAUAGUUACCUUGAAUUUUCAGUCCAAGGGCACAGAAAUGGACGUCCACCAGGGCCGAUUUCAAGAAAAUGGCUUCUGCGGGUACGUCCUAAAGCCAGAAUUUCUUCUGGACGAGCAGUCCAAGUUCAAUCCCAAGUCCAUCACAGAUGGGCCAUGGUGUGCCCGGAAGAAACUCCAGGUUAAGGUCAUCACAGGCCAGCAGCUACCCAAGGUGAACAAGAGCAAAAAUUCCAUUGUGGAUCCGAGAGUGAUUGUUGAGAUUCAUGGCGUCCAGAGGGACAAUGACAAGAAACAAACCAGUGUCAUUGAUAACAACGGCUUUAACCCAACAUGGAAUGAAGCCUUUGAAUUCGACAUAGACGUUCCGCGGCUUGCCCUGGUUCGCUUCAUGGUGGAGGAUUUCGACGCGUCAACCAAAAAUGAUUUCAUCGGGCAGUUCACAGCCCCCUUCACGAGCCUGAAGCGAGGCUAUCGCCACAUUCAUCUCUUGACAAGGAAUGGAGACCAGUACCCAUCAGCCACACUCUUUGUGCACAUCAACAUUCUGAACAGUGACUAAAAGAACAAUCUUCUCUGACCACUCAAGAGAUCCCUGGUUUCACUUUCCAAAUGGACUUGGCCAUCAGGCAAGGAGGAGAGACUUCAGAUUCGACCUGGGUUUUCAACCUGUGUAGAAUCGAUAUAACAUUCCUGGAGAGCAGAAAGUGGGCUAAGGAGUCAGAUCUUUAUAUGUCAUAUCUUUAUAUGUGUCAUUGUGCAAGCUGCCUUUCUGCAUUUAGAAAACGUCCUGGGAAAUUGUUGUUUAUAUGAGCGUAAAAUGCCCAAACUGCAGUUUGAAAGCUGGACCUUUCUCUAAUCCUAGCUGCUGUUUUCGGGGAAAUGAGAAAAGAGACUUAUUUUAUAGUCAUGGUGAGAAGCACUAAAAUUAAGACAGGGACAGACUUAGAAGGUUGUGACUCAGUCCUACAAGGCAGGGAGGCGCACAUGCCGGACGGCCCUCCUCUAAUGUCUCUGAAGGCCUCAUCUGGACCAUAGCACAGGCUUCAGGCAUCCGUUGGGUCAGAUCUGAGGUAUGGGCUCCUCCAGUUCUCUGUCCUUCCCUCUUGUUUCAAUGCCUGUUUCCUCCUUUGUGACUGAUGAUUACUGCCCACUUCAUGCUGCUGAUCAAGGCAUCAGUGCUUCCUCUUCUCACUGUUCAGUUUUUUUAAAAAAACAAAGAAGUUGCUAGCCCUCAGAGUUACUAAGAUAAAUUUAUAAGUGUAGAUGCAAUUUCUGCUGAAAUUUCAGAAGCUAGGGGAAUUGCUGAAUGAUGUGUCCAUGCACAGACAUUGUUUUAGCAAAGAACAUGCAUAUUCUGCACUAAAACAGAUGAUGAUGAUUUGAAACUCUGCACCAAGAAAAGCUGGAUGUUGCAAGCUGCAUAAAUCAUUCAAAUUAAGCAGACUUGCAUAAUUUGUAAUUCUACUUUUAACAGGGCUGAAGGUCUUCCCCCGAGCAGCAAUAAUCCUCCUCAGUGACUUUUCUGACUUCUGACAUUUUACUAGACAUUGUUCACCCUCUUUCAAGCCUACCUUAGUAACCAUAGGGACUAGUAACUUGCUCAUUGACUGAAACUUCAGAUUCUCAAGAAGCUGCUUUUUGGGCCAAUACUACAUCCUGUGUUUUUGCUGCACUAAAUGUGGACUAGCAAAUUAUACCCAGCCUGAUUUUAUAACUCUAAAAAAAGUGUAUUUUUAUUUUUUAAUUUUUUAGACAUAAGCUCUAUCAUCAGACUUUCUCAAAACAGUGUCAGAAUCCGCAUUUGGCUUCAUUCACUUUUGUACAUUAGAGGCUGGGGCAAGCACAUCAAUCCUGACAUUGUGAAUUUGUUAAUGUUAUUUUUUGUAAAUGAACUGUAAUUUUGUUUGAUCUUUUAUAUUAAUUAUAACAUUAUUUUUAGAUUAAAGUAACAAGGGUCAGGUUCAUUGCACAUUCAUACCCUCGUUUCUUGGAAUUUAAUCUCGGAGGCCUAACAUUAGCAAAUCCAAAUGCUUAAAGGAAACUAGCCCCAAAUCACAAGACUGAAAUAACAGAAUUCUCAUCUUUUAUAUCAAAUAUUGGGUUCUUCCCAGCUGAUUCUGAAUUACUACUAUUUUGGAGCCUGAUGCAAUUGUAUCAAAGAUUUUUCUCAAAAUGCUGAGGACUGGAAACUUACAGAGCGUUUACGAAAUCACGCAUCCAGGAGCUUUGAAUCAGAAUCCUAUUGUAUUGUUUAAAAUUCUGUUAGGAGUUCCCACCAUUCUACCUCUUUUACAUGUGACGUACACUAUAAAACCUAUGCUCACAAUUCACCUAAAGGUCAACAGUUAGUAAGAGUUCUGUAGAAUUCAAUGGGAGAAACUUAAGCAUUUACUUAAUUCUCUUCCUGAUAUCUGUUAGAAUUAAUCUGGAUCAGUAGCCACAUUUUAUACUGUGUUUGUAGCAAAUUGUGAAAACCCUAUUCUACAGACGUUUUACCAAAUCCUCUCUUUUAUAUGCACUCAGCGUCUAAAACUGGCUUUUAAUUGAAAGAGAAGAGGUUUUGUUUUGUACUGAGCAGAGCUCUCUUUAAUGACCUGUGGGCUCAUUUAUAUUUAAUCCUAUCUCAUGAUAACAGGCUGAAAUCUUGUUUCAGAUUUAGAUGCUUGUAGUGAGAUGAUUGCUUUGGAAUGCGUAAAGGGCCAUUGACUCACUUCAAGACUUAAUGAAUUUGGCAGCAACUCUUGCCUGGUCAGUUUAUAGUUCUACAUCAAAGUAGAUGGGUGUGAAAAUAAUCCAAAAGAAUUAACGAUAUGCUGUCACCUUGAAUUUGCUCUCUCAGAAGCGACAUCCUGUUAGCAAGUUGUCAGGAUCAAGGUGUUCACUUGUCUAUGAAGUUUGCCCCAGCUUCUUUUCCCAGUUGUUUUCACAUGUGAAAAAAGAUUACUACCUCUGGUUAUGGAUUUAAGACUUGACCAGUUUCCUCACAAAAUGGCCGCCUUAAGUUCUCUUCUGUGCAAAAUGGAUUCCUGAUCACUAUAGUGCACGGGUAAUCAAACAUCACCCGGUGUGCCUCAUUGGAGAUGCCAACUCAUCCUGUGUAGCCUACAGUCAUGGAAACCAGUGUGCCUCAAGUUACUAACCCAACUUUUCCUGUUGUUUGGGUUAGGCUUUGCCUUAAAAAAAAUUUAUGGGGGAAAAAAAUUCAGUGAUUAACUUUCACAGAAGGAACGAUGAUGAAAGCUGUCAUCCAUCCAUCUGUGGAACUGCAAUGGAAAAGCAGCAUAAUGCUGCCCCCCCCAACGCUAGUGUCUCAUGGUGGCAGCUAUCACUCUAGACCCCUUUUAGGACCAGGCCCUUAUAACUGCUACAGCCUUAUUCUGUUCACGAUGAUGACAAUCGCAGAAUGAUAAACUUAGAAAGAAAAGACAAAAGGUUGAGAUCCAGUUGUGGCAGAGGGCUAGCGCACCAGCCAUUCUCCUGCACCAGCAGGAGUCCUGUACCUCAUGCAAUGCAGCAGCUGAAUCCAACGGGCUGCUUGGGCCGGUGCAAGUGUUGCACAAUGUUAACUUAUUGUAUGCUAUUUUGCACGGUUACGCUACUAUAGCCUGCACAAAGAGAAUAGCUUGCCCGUGAUGUGUUGUAUCCAACAUUAGUCAUACUCAGAGUAGACUCACUGUAAUGAAUGGACUUGGGUAACUUCAGUACAUUUCUCUCAGUGGAUCUACUCUUGAGUAUAACUUAGCAGGAUGCAACCCAACAGUUCUAGAAAAAUAAAUCAAUGACUAUUUUAUAUUGUGGUUUUUUUUUAAAGAAACACAAAAGCAAAAAAAGCUGCAGAGUUAGAGGGUUGAUGACAGUACAAUAUAAAUAAUAUAUUUUAAAUUAUGAUUAAAAUGGAAA